UUGACGUACGGCAUGUCAUAAAGUUAGUCAAAUUUUAAAUGAUUUUAUAUUAUUAUAUUUUUUUUUCUUUUUGACAGUUGUUGACAAUAUUAUAUUGAAUUUUUUAAAAAGUUUAUAUGAUCAUUUUUCUACGAAUUUUGUACGAUACCAUUAUAUCAUUCUUAAUUACAGUUUAACAUUUACGCAAAAUGAUGAUGCUGUUGUAAUGUAUAAUUAUAUUAAAUUGAUUCUAAAUUUAUAAUCAUUCAAGAAAUUUGAAUAGCAUGGCGCAAAUCUGUCGUGUCAAUAAAUCUGAAGUACCUGUUUUAAUUCGUGUUCUUCAUCGAAUGUUUCCCUGCUCCAAAAGAUGCCAAAGCAACUAUUAUGAGAUAUUGCGCAUUCCUCAGGAUGCAACGCAAAAAGAAAUUAAAGAAGCUUUUAUUAAGCUGUCAAAAGAAAUGCAUCCUGACACUGGAAGCAAAGGAAAUCAUAGUGACUUUGUAAAGAUUAACGAAGCUUAUUCUGUUUUAUGUAAGAAAGACUCUCGAUGUAAUUAUGAUAUGGAUUUGAAACAUAACUUUACAUCACAAUAUAACACUGGUUACCAAUACAAUGGAGCUAAUAACUUUUAUAAUGUAAAUAAAUGUGAUAGUAGAAGACCUGGUACGAAGGAAUUAAUAAAAGCAAUUGGAUUUUGCAUAUUACUUAUGAUUGUUGGAGGUAUAAUUCAAAUAACAUGUAUUACAGCAGCAUCAAAUUAUAAGAGGCAUGUGCAAGCAAAAAAAACUGCAGAGUAUGAAAUGCAAUAUCAGAGUGGUAUGGAGCAGAGAAAACAGUUUCUGAUGGAUCAGUACAAAUUGAACUUCCCUGAUAAAUAAAAUUGUUAAAUUUA